GUCUGUCUGCCCCCUGCUUUUCCCUCAUCUGUCGGUAUAUCUCUGCCAUGCUCAUUUUCUCUGUGUCCCCCGGUUCAUAAUUAUUUGGUGGGCACGGGCACGGACUUGCUUUUGUUCUCUGCUCGGCUCUUUUCGCUUUCCCCAUCCACCUACAUGCGUUGGAAAAUCGGGCGAACUCAGACACGAAAAUGUGGCAAAAAACAGAAACGGGAGCUAUCGCCACAGCUGUAGCGUUGAAAUGUGAUUGAUAAUAACUAAAUGGGAAAGGAGAUUUCUUCAAAGAGCAUAUAAGUGUAUUUUUAAUUAUUGUGGAAAUAAAUUUCCGCAGCUUUACUGCUCAAUGCCCCAACCCUCUCCUAAUGUACUAUUUACCCUCUGGAAUAGAACCCCAUUUUGCAAUUACUGACACAGAUAAAAAAGUCGAUCUUAUCUAAUGCUCCGAAUAGAGAAGUACAUAAAUUCUACUAAUAAAUCUCAUUUAAUGUGGCUCUGUAGUUAAUCCAAAUUUAAACAGCCUUCAACAAAUGAAUGACUGUUUAGUAUCUAAAUGGUCAUAUAACCUUAUGCGUGUGAUGAUUCCCCCUUUUAAUAUUAAACCUCGCUUGCGUUGCAAGCUCUCUAUCAUUUGAUUUCCCCCACCUUUCACUCGCUGCCCUAUAAUUUUGAUUUGUUAUUUGCUCAUGGGUUUGUUGUUAUUGUCUGUGAUAUUCAGCUUAGUCUUACAAAAUGCAGGCAAUCAUUCGGUAGCCAUGCAAAUAUUGUGCUAAUUUUGUUGGCCGAGUGGCUCUUCAUUUCAAAAGCACUUUCCCCGCGAACAAAAGACGAUGCGAUGGUAGAGAGCCAAUAGCAAUAUGCCGGGCAGAUAUGUGAGGAUUACAGAAAAUCAUGAGGAUAGACUAUACAUAUAUGCUAGGUGGCCACACAUCAUUCAUUCGCAUUUUUCCGUCUCCCAUCUAAUCGUCUUUCCGUGUGAUUUUUUUUAUAUUCCCACAUAGCGUCAUGAAUGUACGUAUACGACCAAAAUACUAGCACACCAGGUGAAGUUUUUCGGUACGAAUUUAAACAAAUAGUAUUUUGAAUUGUAUGCCUGUGCGAUGAGUUUUGGUUUCUUUUCCCAACACAAUCUUAUCUAAAAACUACGGAAUAUGCCUUUCGGUACUAGUUUAAACAAGUUUCUGCUUAAAUUCUGAAUUCUAUGUUUUUGUACUGGUAAAGUGUCAUUCAACUUAGAUUGUUAAAGUAACGAUUAAGUUGGCAGUUUGGAGGUUUCUUCCCCCAAUAUUGACAAAAAAGAAAACGUCUUCAUUCGUCACUUGAACCUCGAAACAUAUUCACGCACAUAAUCAGUGCUCCGAAAGCUUGGAGAUUUAUAAUUCUUAUUUAAUUCGGUUGAAAUUUAUCGCAUUUAUUUGCUGUAUAACUUCGAGCAAGGCGUUGGUGGUCGGUGAUAGUUGUUUAAUAUUAUUGUGCUACAAAUUAUUUAAGUUUUGGAGUGUCGCGUACAGUUAUCUCUUCCACUUAUUGUGCACCCAACCAGACUGGUGGUAUUAGUCAUUGGUUUGCUUGCUUUGUACACUUGCCUACAUAGCUUUGGAAAUGUUGAUUUGCUGUAUUGAAGGCUGCGAACUAAACAAUUCGAUUUCCAAUGACGAGCAUGUGAGGUGCUGGUUGUGUGACGAAUAUGCCCAUGCUAAGUGCGCGGGCAUAACUGACAGUGUAGUGGAAAUGAUUGAAGAAAGAAGUGGACUCAAGUGGACCUGUGAAAACUGCAGAGUGAUCAAAUCUCAGAUGGGAAGAUUUAUGAAGCAAACGCGUACGGAAAUUACCGAACUCUUUAAGGAAAUUAGAGCCGUGCAUGACAAGUUGGCGAAGCUGGAAUCGCAUCUUACAUCUCUAGACCCUCAACUGCCAGCUAAGGACGGUGCCUUAAGCUCUAACCCCUGUAAAAUCCCACCACCCACUUUCGCGGAUACUAAUGACGAUAAAGAAGUAGAAGAUUACAAGUCAUCUAAUUUUAUACACAAUGCUACGGGUAUGCACCUAGUGAAAAUAUGGCAUCAUAAUGCGGCUCCAGUGGUACUACCGCUACAACCCAAUCCGGAUAUUCUUAAAGCUGUUCCUCCAAUGAAGGCUGUGUUCGUAUCUAGGCUUAUAACUUCAACUACUGAAGAUGCCCUUAAGCACUACAUUAUUGCCAAACUCUUUUAUCCGAAUCCCGAUGACAUCAUCGUCAGAAAAAUAUAUAAUAAGCAAAGACGAAAAAUUGCAUCGUUUAAAGUGAUGGCGCCCGAUUCCAUAUAUUACAUGAUUUUAAAUCCGGGAUUUUGGCCUGAACAUAUCAUUGUGCACGAGUUUGUCAAAAAGAGCUUUCUUCAAACCAAUGUAGAAUUUACCGAUUAAAGUUAACUCUUUGAUAUAUUGUUUUAACUAGAGAUCUUAAUUAAUAGAAAUAAAUUAGCAUUAUUUACCAUAAUA